ACUCCCUGCUCCCAGAAGAACAGGGAGAGGGAGAAAGAUGGCGCCCACACACGUACUGAGAUGCUGUCAACGGUGUUUAGCCUGGAUCCCUGUGAUUUUUAUCGCCCUUGUCGUCUGCUGGUCCUACUACGCUUACGUGGUGGAGCUUUGUUUGUACACCAUUACCAUGAUGGGAGAGCGGAUUGUCUACCUGAUCUUCUUCCACGUCUCUUUCGUCAUGUUUGUGUGGUCUUAUUGGAAGACCAUCUUCACCAAGCCUGCCAACCCUUCCAAAGAGUUUUGCCUGCCAAAAGCCGAGAAGGAGCGCUACGAGAAGGAGGAGAGGCCAGAGUCCCAGCAGGAGAUCCUGUGGCGAGCCGCCUCCACCCUGCCUCUGUACACUCGCACGGGCGCCGGAGCGAUCCGCUAUUGCGACCGCUGUCAAGUCAUCAAGCCGGACCGGUGUCACCACUGCUCCGCAUGCGACAUGUGUGUCCUGAAGAUGGAUCACCACUGUCCUUGGGUGAACAACUGUGUCGGCUUCUCUAACUACAAGUUCUUCAUCCUUUUCCUGGCCUACUCGCUGGUGUACUGUCUGUUCAUUGCUGCCACGGUUCUACAGUAUUUCAUAAAGUUCUGGACCCUUUGUCGUAGGAAAUCGGCAGAGAACUGCCCAAAGAAUGAGCUGAAUAACUCUGCCAAAUUCCACGUCCUGUUUCUGUUUUUUGUGGCGGCCAUGUUCUGCAUCAGUAUUCUCUCCCUCUUCAGCUACCAUCUGUGGCUCGUAGGGAAGAACAGGUCCACAAUAGAGGCAUUCAGAGCGCCGGUCUUCAGAACAGGCUCAGAUAAGAACGGUUUUUCUCUGGGUUUCCGGAAGAACAUCGCUCAGGUCUUCGGCGACCAGAAGCAGUACUGGCUGCUGCCGAUCUUCACCAGUCAGGGGGACGGUCUGACGUUUCCCACCCGAUUGGUCAAUGCUGAUGCAGAGCAGGCCACUGUCACUCUGCAACCUGAUUCCAAUAAAUGCGUGCCGGAGGUCUCCGUGAGCCCCCUCAGUGAGUCACAGAACCGCCUUCUGAGCAACGAGCAGCAGGCCAACAACGCUGAAGACCACCUGGCCGAAAACUUCCUCAAAUCAGCCGAGAGUGAAACCGUCACCAUGGAGAGUGAGUCCUAACCAGGCGAAACACAUGUCAUCUAAUGCGAUGCCUUAAAAAAAACAAAAAAAAAACAAAAAACCCAAACAGUCUUGUUCAUCACUAUGGCAACAGUCCCCAUAAGUGGAUUCCUCACGGACACAUUCAGAGAACCUUUUUGGAAACGCAGUCCACUGGCACAGGGCACCACAGUAUUGCUUUAAUAGCCUUGGCGUUUUUGCAUGCAGUGUUGGAUGGACAUCUCUUAAACACGGGUUCCCCAUCACCACACUCGGCUCGGACGCAUUUCUCUCCUUUUGUUUUGCAAGUGUAAGAAGAUCUACAGGAUUCUUCAGUUGAACUGUUUUUUUUUUGUUUUUUGUUUUUUAAUAUAAUUAUUCUUAUUUUUGUGCCAAAAGACUCCACGAUGCACCUGAUCUCAGACGCGCCAAGGGCGCUGUAAAAUUUUUCAGCAUUUUUUUUAAACCAACCCAUAUAGUGGAGAUGGAUCCUUGCUACCCAUUCUGUGCAUCUCAUAGAAAAUUAUAAAGCUGGAGUGAUUCUUAUUAUUUUUUGCACCUUUUUGAGAUGGAUGUUUCUGCCACCAAAACCUGGACCGUUGCAGAGGACUCUACCCCACGGUUCAGUGGACUGUGCCUGUCCUCGGCAUCAAAGACUGGAGCCAGACUUUACGGGGCGAGAUAUUUGAGCACAAGAUGGCGCAUUUGCACUUUGUUGAUAUUAAUUGUCCAACAAAACAGCAUUCUCUUUUCCUUAACUUUUUUUUUUUUACUUUAACGUAUCCAAACGAUAUCAAUGGUGUGACAGAUGUUGUUUAUGUUUAUGUGUUACAGCUCAAGUCACAGUCAUCAAAAACUGACUGAAAGGAUUAGCUCAAAGUGUCUUCGUGGCUAGAUGGCAUUGAAUUAUGCUGCUUUAAAAAAAAAAAAAAUGAAACAGUCGAACCUGGAAGGUGUUUUACCCAGUGCACUCUGGCUAUCUUCUUCUUUUUUUUUUUUCUUUUUUUUUUUUACUGUCUGGUGGUUGAUUUCCACAGCUCACAGCUUCAACCUUUACCAAGACACCUGCUGCCAAAUAAGGGCUGAGAUGUCAGGUCUGACAUCUGAACCUGAAGUGUUUACAGCAUCUUAGCUUUAUCCUAACCUCACAGGCCAGUGUCAUCACAUCCCGAAAUGGAUGCAGCAGUUUCUGUGAUACAUUUUUCUGAAUGCUUUUAUAUUUCUCUGAAACUUGUUGCUUUACCAGUUUCAGACAGUAGGUGGAGAGAAUGUGCUUUUUUUUGUGUGCACCAAGGCAGAUGCAGUUGAAACCAGAUGUUCGCGUACUUUAAAAAGACACAACCUUAUUCUUUACGCCUUUUCUGAUUGUAAAUCACACAGAACAUUUCCUGUUUUAGUUCAGUUAAGGUUACCUCAUUACUUUCUGUUUGCUAAAUGCCAGGUUAAUGAGGAACAGUUUGUGAAUUUUAGAAAACUCUCGUAAAAUUGUUUUUUAAACUGUCUGUAUUGGGUUUAGCGUUCUGGGUGUCUUUCCAUAAACCACUUUGUGGUGGUAGAAUUAGGGUCAUUGUUCAAAUGGGAGACCUGUUUUUGCCUGGGCUUUAACUUCCUAGCAGAUGUCUUCAGAUGCUGUUUCAGUGUAGUCCCUAUUAUUAGAGGGGGCCAACUGUGUUGUGAAUCACACCAGUUUGCAGUAAAACAGCCACAUGAUACCGUCCUCCCCAUACUUCAGUUUGGGAUGGCGCGCUAUGGCUGGCAAGCUUUAUCUUUCAUUCCUCUCUGUCAAAUGAUGGUAGUGAUGGACAAGUAUUCUCCGACUGUAAUGUGUGUGUGUUUUUUUUUUAUGUUUGUUUUGGAGUAGCAGUUUCAUUUUUGCUGAGCGAUGUCUAUACAUCAUCAUGUGGGUUUUUCCCAAAUUACUCAAAGGUAGAGCUGGGCAAUAAAUCAAUAACAAUAUAUAUCGCAAUGGAUGAGUGAUCGAUAUCAACAGAAAAUACAUCAAAUAGAACGUUCAAUAAUUUCAGUGAAGUCCGACGCAGAACCACACAGCAUUCUGGGGGGCGUAGGCAGAGGGAAGGCGUUUGUCCCACAACUACUGAUGGCUAGCUUAGCAAGAUGGGUGGCAUCAACUAACUUACCCAUUGUUUUGUUACCUAGCAACAACCUUGUUGAGUAAGUUUUGUUUCUAAGCAGUUAAGAAGCAUGUGGCAAGAUGAAAACCAAAAAAAAAAAAAAUGGAGUGGAAGG